UAUACAAUAUAUUUUGUACAUUUCGCUACGAACAGAACAGAGUUUUCUCUUUUUCACAUUCUGUUGCGAACAUUGUUAACUAAAAUUUCCCUAUUACUCGCGCACUUGUUCGACCAUCGCGACAACUGUAAACACUUUUUUCGAUAAGUGUCAACGUGCAAAAGCGCGCGCUAAUCAGAAAUGCAUGCACACAUAACCACAUAAAUAUACAUGAGUGUCAUAUAUCGACAGGAGCUCUGCACUUGCUCCAUUACGCUGUUUGCACUCAACAAUUGCAAUUACGCAUACAUUAAAUGCAGAGUAAAAAAGGGAUGAGAUCGAGAGGAACGCGCACGUACAUUCGAACACAACACACACGCGUUCGCACGUUACAUAAUACUCCUACUUAACAUCGCACGCACACUCGCCAUGCAUCCCUCAUGCACACGCGUGCGUAUUACGCGCAUUGUUCUUCAAACACGCAUUGCCCACACUGCACGCACGCAAAGCCAAUGUGACUCGCAUUGCCGCGCGUCCUCGUACAUGCACACGGCGGCCAUACUGGCACGAGCAAACUGCGCGAGGCGUUAAUGAAUCCGUGUUCCGUUUGAGGACCCGCCGUUGUCGCCGUUGUCGCCGUUCCCGCACUUCCGUGACUCGAAUCCUCGGAGGCGUCCACCCCGCUCGCCGCCUCGUAAUACCUAACCCCCAACGCACGGGCGGUCGGGCAGCCGCUCGUUUCACGCACUCCUCGUCCGUCGCUCAUUCGCGCGCGCACAGGCAUGGAGGCGUCCUGACUCCUCCGGAUGAGAAGGCCACGAAGCGACGACGACGCCAGGACGGCUCACGCACCGUGCAUCAUACACCGUCGCACCGUUAACUGAACUUUGGAUUCUCGCACUUUGAUCCUCACCCACGUUUCUGCGCGCCUGACACGCACUCGUGAUUCACUCGCACCGUGAUUCCCCUCCGCGAGGACGCCGAAUUUUAGGUAAGCCUCUACGCGAGAGCGUCUUCCUCGACGAUACCGCGAGGAGGAAUCUUGCCGGUCACGGAGGAUUCGUUCUCCAGGUGCAAGAGUGAGUCAACCUACAGCGAGUCCAUCUUCCAAAUUGGACGUAUUGCACUUGUAAAUAGUUUCGCGUUUCUCUCGGCUAAGACACGCGCGUUCCUCGAAUCGAGAUAACGGGACGUAGAUUAUAGUCUAGCACGCCGUUUGUUAAAUGCGUAAUUGAAUUAAACCCAAAUGUGCGAUCUGUUGGGUGAUACGACGUGACAGCGACAGCUCGCCGUUGCUCGCGGCAGGAUGUGAGUUGUGUAAGGCAAUGGACUAUGUGUCCGAUUCUGUCAUUCUGCUGUCCUCAAAUCAUGUAACUCACUGUAAUUCUUCUCUCAGCAUUAGCUGUUUACCUGUUUCGUACGUCAGUGCUUUGUAUGUGUUCGUGUUAACAUCAGCCACUUCCCAGUGCUAGGUUUCUGUUGGUUUCAGGUAUCUGGAUUGCUUGGAGAUUUGUGAAUGAUAAAUAAUAAUUUACAGAUGGUAUUACGUGCUAUUUUGGCCACUGGUUCUUCCAGACAUCCAUUAAAUUCCCAUAUAAUAUGAUGUUUCUGUUACGUAACGUGCUUUGUGGCACAGCGAAGUCAUAGUAGCUUGAAGUUUUGGGGAUUCUUCAGCGAUAAAAAGGCGAUUUAAGAAGGAUUUUACAAGGAAAAUAUUCUCACGAUAGCUCAAGAUUACGAAUUAAUUGGAAUUAAUCGAGGUUUCGAUUAAUACCAUUAGCAUGUAUUUGCGUCGACAAGUGGCAAGAUAUAAAUCCAUCAAUUUACAUACGAAAUCUGCCAUUCGCCUAUGUACCGUUACUUUGAAACUUUUUGAAAAUGUUAUACUCUGCUUAUAGUAAUUAAUUGUAGCAUUUAAUUGUACAUUGUUACACAGUAUACACGUGUGUGUAUAUAUAUAUAUGCGCAUAUACGUAUAUAUAAAUAUUUCUUUCCUUAUAUAAAUGAUUGCCUGUGCCAAAUGAGUCUGGUUGAUGAGCCAAUUCGAUGCUCGUGCCGUUUAAUUGCCAAUUUAAUUGCCAAUGGGCAGCAUCCAGCUAUCAAAGAAUUUCACAUAGCAACGCUACAGUAAUUUCUUUCUUCAGAUAGAGGAAACAAAUGUUUAUGUCUUCUAUAAAGCGUACAGCCUAGUACUAUUCGCUUGUCACCAUGGAAGUGCUCACGUCCGUGAAGAAAUCGUCGGUGAUACAUCUUAUGUUCGCCAUUACAUUUUUUACGUCUGGUUUGAUAAUAAACUUCUUCCAAUGCAUUUUGUACUUUGGACUAAGGCCCUUCUCCAAGUAUCUCUAUCGCAAGAUUAACUACUACCUCUGCUACUCCUUCUACUGUCAGCUGGUAUUCAUGGCAGAAUGGUGGGCAGGAUCAGACCUGAUAUUGUACAUAGAUAAGGAUGACUUUGCCAAGUACUUUGGCAACGAGCAUGGCUAUCUACUGAUGAAUCAUAGUUAUGAGACCGACUGGUUGAUAGGCUGGCUACUAUGCGACCGUGUGAGGUUGUUAGGUAAUUGCAAAGCGUACGCCAAGAAGUCGAUACAGUACAUCCCGACGCUGGGAUGGGCGUGGAAAUUCGCCGAGAGCAUUUUCCUCGAGAGGAGUUGGGAAAAGGAUAAGGAGAAGAUCAAGAACCAAAUCAAAGAAUUGGUCGAGUAUCCUGACACAAUGUGGCUGCUGCUCUAUCCCGAGGGCACGCGCUUCACGCCGAAGAAGCUGGAGGCCAGUCAGAAGUUCGCCAUUGAGAAGGGACUACCAGUACUGAAGUACCACUUAACGCCACGCACAAAGGGCUUUACUGCAAGUAUACCGCACAUGAGAGGUAAACCGGCGGCCAUUUACGACAUUCAGAUAGCAUUCAAGCCAUCUGAUCCGGUAAAACCUACCAUGAAGAAUCUCCUGUUGGGCAAACCGCUGGAGGGGCACAUGUAUGCUAAAAGAAUACCCAUCGAAGAGGUGCCGGAGGGAGACGAGGCUGCCGCCGAGUGGUUGCACAAGCUGUAUCAGCAAAAGUCGUUGAAAUGCAGGACGGGCGUCCAACAAGCGGAUGAACAGUUUCGAAAGAUCGUGCAAAUGUGUAAGAAGCGAUAUACGAAUGACGACGUUUACAGCGACGAUUCCUCAAGUAACGACGAGGAGAGCGAUGACUCUUUGGGCGUAGAUGUGUUCGACACAAAAUUCUUUCUGAGCGGCGACAGCAGAUCCUCCAAUGCACAAUCUUGGAAAGAUCAGAAUAACAAUUGGAACCACGGAAAUAAUCAGAGAAAUGGCAACAAUCAGCACCAUUCCUUCAAUUAUACAAAUGGAAACUGGAGGGACGGACAGUAUCCUAAUCGUGGCAGCAACAAUCGCGACUUUGUUUCUACUGAUGGAAACUUUAGACCAAAUUAUGGACAGGUGUACAACAACAAUCCCGAGAGCUACAACAAGGAACAGGAACAAGCUUGCAUCAUUCAGUGUUUCUUCAACGAAUUAAAUGUAGUGGAUCACAGAGGAUUUCCCGAGCAGAAUUCAAUUAUCCAGCUGAUGACGCAAAACACACACAAUCCAGAGCUGCAGGACUUUGUAGAGGAAGCUAUUAUAGAAUGUUAUCACUAUCUCAGCUCAGAUAUGAAACAGGAAAAGUGUCGCUUCUCACAGAAUCUUCUGACUUGCCUAGCCGAUAAAGGAAAGGAGAGAUGUGAAGAUUGGGAUGAUUAACAGUGUAUGUACAUUUUAAUAAUUGAUUACCUAAUAAUUUUUCCAAGAAGAAGAAAAACAUGGAAGAGAGAAGCAAGUGAGAAAAAUUAAUCAUUAUCCGCGAGGAAAUGAUUUGAAAAAAAAGAUAUUACGUGUAGCUAACCUGUAAAGCACUAUAGUACAUGUAAUGACUGUAAAAAGAAAUAUACAGUAUAUAAA